CGACGGCUUCUGGACCCCCCAUCCCAUUUUCGACUGCAACGCCUCUCGCAUGUGGGUCGUGGCCUACUCUCUCCCUUCUUCGGGAGGCACGCUGACGGAGUCAGUGCUAAGCUCAAAGGAGUCGUACUGAUCAACUUUCCCCUGACUCUGGUUGACCUCAACCAGUGCGACGACACAGAGGACCUUGUACAACAUCACUUAUUCAGCGGGACCCACAAAUGUGACAUCUCCACUACCAAGUGUGUGCCGGUGAGAGGAACAGGAUUUCGUCGAGGUGGCUACAGAUGUCAGUGCCAUCCCACCCAUUACCUGGCAAAUUCCACCCAGCAGUUCUUUAAUGGGUCCGAAGUAGAAUUGGCCUAUUCGGAAAAACGCAGGAUAGACAGCUUCAGGUGUCAACCAUGCCCAGAAGGUUGUCAGAAUUGUUCAACUUUGCUCGCCUGUUCCGUUCAGUACGAUGCUAUGAUGCGCCUGAUACCAGUCUGUGUAGAGGCAGCAUGUGUGUUUAUGUGCCUCGUGUUGGCGCUUGUCAUCUUCAGGUUAAGAAAAUGCAAGGUGAUUGCUGCUUCAUUGUGGACAAUGUUGGAAAUGGUACUCCUGGGAGCAAUUGUCAUAUACUCAACUGUUUUCUUGCGGUAUGUGGAGCCCACUGUGAUUCUUUGUAUGAUAGAACCUUGGUUCAGAGAAAUGGGUUUUGCUCUGUUUUAUGGUGCAAUCGUGCUGAAAUUAUACAGGAGUCUUGUAGAUUACCGUACCAGGAAGGCCCAUAGAUAUGUCAUCCGUGACCGUGAUUUGCUCAAGUACUUGGCUGGACUUGUUAUUUUCAUUAUGGGCUACAUGGCUGCCUGGUCUGCUCUGACUGCUCAUCUUGCUACAGAAGGUCACUCCCACUUAGUGCAAGGAAGAACUAAAGAGGGGUUAGCCUUCAGUGUUUGUAAAAGUGUUUGGUGGGAAUACGUCACAGAGGCAGGGGAGCUGAUUUUCAUCAUGUUUGGACUCUACCUGUCAUGGCAUCUGAAUAAAGCAGCUGGAAGCUCCGGUGAACCAAGUGAAUUGUCUGAACGGCGAGCAUUAUCAACUGCUCUAAUUCUAGAACUGCUUACUUCUGCAAUCUUAUAUACAGGACGUCAUUUAGUGUGGUUACAUGCCCAUCCAGAUCACGUCUUCCUUGCUUAUUUCACAAGAAUGCAUCUAACUGUCACCAUCUCAUUGUUUCUCAUAUUUAUUCCAAAGUUGUGGUGUGCUGGUGGUAGUGCUGGAAGAGAUCCACCUAGGAGGACAUACUCUACUACAGAGGGCUGCCAAGAACCUCGUUUGUGUGAUGCCCUCACCAACGGAGAUCUUGAAGCUUCUGAUAUUAAUCUAAGUCAAAUGGAUCCAGAGGAAAUAAGAGCUGAACUAAAGAGGGUUUAUACUCAGCUGGAAAUCCUACGCACUAAAACCAUGCGUAAAGACAACCCACAUAUUUCAAAAAGGAGAGGAGGGCGCAAAGUCACCCAUAGGCGAUUUUCAUUACAAAGCCGCAAAGGAAGUCGAGAGAAGUCACUACACCGCCAUUACCCACGCCCACUUCCACAUACCCUGGAGAGCGGUGAAGGGGAAAUCAGCAAAACUCCAGAAGAAUCAGUGUGCUCCAUAGAGGGCCCCUCCGUGCUGUCAGUCUACACGGAUGGGCCCUCAGACAUAGGAACGCCCUCAAUUCUUCACAGAUCGUAUAAAUUAUGAAAAUGUCCAACUGGGGAUAAUAUGUCGUCCAAAGUCAUACUGGUAACAUAAGUGGUCAAAUGUUUAUUCUAUAAUUAAGAUUGUUUUCUGUUACUCUAAAAGAGAUCAAAGUAGAAAGAUAUAUAAAUAUACUUAGUAGUUUUAGAUGUUAUACUGCACUGCACAUGGCUGUGUGAAGAAAAUGUACAAAACAAUGGGAAUUUGUCAUAAUAAAUAUUCCAUUUGUAAAAAUGUGCAUCAAUCAGUAUAAGGUCCUAUAGAAUUUUCUCAACUUACAUUAAUUAUAUCAUUCUUCAUGAAAUUCAUCAUGUUUAAUUUGUCAGUUUAUAUAGCAUGUGGGCUGUUUAUUAACAAUACCAUUCGUACUACAAUACCAUUCGUACUGUAAUAAUAUUCUUCUCUUUU